AUGUCAGAGUCAAACUUAUCUAAAGGAGACUUGGAAGAACUUUGCCGUGCAUUUGGUGUGUCUACCGAUGGUGUAAAAGCGGACCUUGUACAAAGAUUAAAACAACUUUCAAGCGAAGUAGGCCAAAACCCAAAUAGUGUUGAGGAAACUGGUGAAACAAGCCUGGGAAAUUGUGACGUCGAUGACCAAGGAGAUCAUGUGUUUGAGGUAAAUGAUUUCAAUAUCGAUCCAGUAGCACAAUCUUUAAAGGAACUAGCUUACCAAAUGAAAGGAAAAUUUAAGCAACCACCCUUGUCAAAUAAGAUUGCAGAACCAGAUAACCCUUAUACAAAUACUGAAGAAUGUACUAACCGAAGCAAACGGCAUUAUCAGGAAAUGGAAUUCGAUAACCCAUUAGGAAAUUUGGUUUUAUCCGAAUUUAAAAAAUUGGGAAAUGUGAUGACAAAUUUCAAUGAUAGACUAAAUUCGGUAGCUAUGCAAUAUGAUUCACUAUGUACAAUUGGGACAGAGCUUGACUUAGCAAAAGAAUCUAGAAGUUUUUCUGAGGUUAUGACUCAUAUUGAAAAAGCCUCAGCAUUACCAAAUACACAGGACAAUUGGCUUAAGGGAAAAGAUACGUUAAUCGAAAAGGCAAAGGCCCUAGCUGAAGAAAAGAAGAAUAAACGCCAAAAAACUACUAGUUUGACUGAGAAUCGGGAAUCUUUAUUUCAUAAACCCAACUACUAG